AUGGCAGAAGAACUGUUACUGGAAAACGAUGGGAAACACAGCGGGCAUCUCACAAGGUCACUGCUGGCGGUGGCUUUCCUGUCCUCAUUUGGCAGCUCCAUGCUCUAUGGAUACAACCUGGCUGUUGUUAACUCUCCUGCUCAGUACAUCAAAGAGUUCUACAAUGAGACGUUGAUAGAGACAUAUGACUUUGCUCCACAUGAGGAACUUCUCACUGUCUUGUACUCGCUCACUGUGUCAAUCUUUGCCAUUGGUGGGAUGACCGGAGCUCUGCUAGUGGGCAGACUAGUGACCAAAUUUGGAAGGAAAGGGACGCUGGUCAAAUCCACUGGUCUGGUGUUUAUCGGAGGAGCUCUGAUGGGCUUCAGCAGAUGGUGCAGAAAUCCUGUGAUGAUCAUCAUCGGACGCUUCAUCACAGGAAUCCAUUCAGGGAUUUCUCUCAGCGUGGUACCAUUGUACCUUGGUGAGAUUGCCCCGAAGAACCUGCGAGGCUUCCUGGGCCUCGUUCCCAGCAUCCACAUUUGUCUUGGAGUAUUCAUCGCUCAGGUCCUGGGCCUCUCUGAGCUGCUGGGAAAGGAAGAGCACUGGCCCCUGCUCCUGUCCCUUGUGGUGUUUCCUACCAUAAUCCAGCUGAUGCUGUUGCCAUGGUUUCCAGAGAGUCCACGGUACCUGCUGAUAGAGAAGGGAAACGUGCACGCCACCAUCACAGCCCUGAAGUGGUUCCGCACUAAAGGAAACAUCCAGGCUGAGGUUGAGGAGAUGCAGGAGGAGCAGCGUUCUCUGUCCUCCAUCCACACCCUCUCUGUCCGCAACCUGCUCAUGGACCGCUGCGUCCGCUGGCAGGUCAUCACCAUUGCGGUGGUCAACAUCGGCAUGCAACUGUCUGGAAUUGAUGCGAUCUGGUUCUACACAAAUGACAUAUUUAAGAAUGCAGGAAUCCCAGAACCUCAUAUUCAGUACACAACAGUAGGAACUGGUGCCAUCGAGGUCAUCUCAGGGAUGCUAGGGUGUUUCACGAUCGAGCGUCUGGGCAGAAGACCUCUGAUGAUCGGUGGCUUCCUCUUCAUGGGACUCUGCUGUGCUGGAAUCACUGUGUCCGUCCUCUUCCAGGCGCAGCUGUCCUUCAUGCGCUACAUCAGUGUGGGCUGUGUUGUCGGAAUUAUUGCCGGCUUCUGCAUAGGUCCAGCUGGUGUUCCUUUCCUCAUCACUGCAGAGCUGUUUAAGCAGUCGCACCGUCCGGCUGCCUACACCGUUGCCGGAUGCCUCAACUGGUUGUCCAACUUCACCAUCGGCUUUGUCUUUCCCUUCCUAGAGAUAGCCACAGGUCCUUACUGUUACCUGAUCUUCUGUGCGAUCUGCUUGGGAGUGGCCCUCUACACCAUCUUCAUCAUCCCGGAGACCAAGAACAAAACCUUCAUGGAGAUCAGCCAGAUGUUCGCCGCCAAGAACAACAUCCCGGAAGAAGAGCUGACGUCCAGUGCUCAUCUGAAAAUGGCUAUGAUGAACGGCUACGGAGCCCUCGGCCAGCAUGACGAAAGAUAAGAGCGUUAAUGAUGUAUAAAGGGAGGGGGAAAGUUGCCACCAGAGAUCUGCUGCUUCACGUCCAAUGCACACACAAUGCACACAGCCAUACACUCAAAAUGAAAUAUCUCUUUUCACACACAAAUUAACAGGCCAUUUUUAGUCUCCUGCACAUUAUGCGAGACAGAAUUCACACAGUCAUGCGUUUCAAAUCAGCCAUCAGUCACAUUUAAAUCCAUGUCUCAGAGUCGGAAAGGGUUUUUAUGGGAGCCAAGUUGGCUUCUCACAGAAGUUUCUACGCUCUUAAUUCUUUUGAACACAUCUCAUGAUCAUUUAAUUGUCCACAUUCAGUGUUGUCCUCUUGUUGCUCACUACAGAAUGAAUGUUUAUUUAAUUGACAUAGCAACAACCCACCUGAUGCAGUGCUUCCUUUGGCUUACCAGCGGAAGCUAUGGAAGCCAAAAGUCACAAGACAUCAUGCAAAUAAACCAAUAUUUACUAUUAAUGUACAGUUCAAGAUGAAUUCAUCGACAACAUACUUGUUUUAUGUUGUCUUUCUUGUUGUCUUCACCGAUUUUUGUGUCUCUUUUUAUGCAAGAGAGCUGGAUAUUGUGGCUACUGUAGUAGUCAUUUCAUGUGUCUUAUCCAAACAUAUGCACAUGUAUACAAAUAUUUAUCACAAGUUUGUUCAUUUAUUAUUUUUAAACUACUGUAGACGACUUUGACUAAUAUAUGGUGGAGAUAUUAAUAUAAAUGAAGAUGCUCCAAAAUAAAGGUGUUUUAAUGUGA